UACUGAUAACACUAACAUUAGUAAACACUAUGGCGGGUAUUAAGGGGUUAAUAGCGCUAGCAUUCUUGGGCUCAGUUGGAAUGACCUUUCUAGUUCUUGCAUGUGCUUUACCUCAGUUUAACAACUGGUGGCCUCUGUUUGUCAUUGUAUUUUACAUCCUUGCUCCUUUCCCUACAAUUAUAUCUCGUCGUUUUAAUGAUGAUAUGGGAUCUAGUAAUGCUUGCAAAGAGUUGUGUAUCUUUAUAACAACGGGAAUUGUCAUCUCAUCUUUUGGAUUGCCAAUUUUGUUAGCCAGAUCACCGCGGGAGCAACCUGUGAUAGAGUGGGGAGCUUGUGGAUUGAUUCUGUCUGGCAAUAUUGUUGUGUUUUUAACCAUCUUGGGCGUCUUUAUGGUCUUUGACAAUGAUGAGGUUGACUACAGCAUGUGGUGAUCGUAACUUGUUCCUGAUAAGAGCUUGAAUAUUAGUUAUAUGAAAUCAGACCAGGUUUGUCUGUAAGUUAAGGUUUGUAUGCAAAUUUGAAAGACACUUCAUGGUUGUCAACAUUAAUACUUCUUCAACAUUAUAGAUGUCUAUACAUGCAGAGUUCUAGAAAAAAUCAUGCUAAAAAUGAACACUCUACCAUGUUUCAUUGUAAGUGUAAGGUAUAUAGCUACGGCAUGCUUGUAGUGUGUUGUAAUUUCUAUAGUGAUCCAACCUUCGAGAUAUUGUUGUUAGAUAUUAAUACACACAAGUUUCUUUUAUUGUGAUAACAGAAAAAAACAAUAUUAAUUGCUUUUUUGUGAGAUUUAUAUUACUAACAUGGUAGAUCUGAAUAGCUUAUUUAAAUUAACUUGGGGAAAUACUUUAAAAUCAGUAAUUAAAAAAAUGUUAUAUUUCAAUGACAGUGUUCAUGUUUUAGAAGAACACCAUUUUCUCUAGGUAAAGAAAACAUCUUUACCAACAUGUUUGUUGUUCUAUAUCAAUGUUUCAUAAUCUUCUUAAUAACCAUUCAACAUAAGUGAAGAUAAUUUUUCAUGCAUUCUUUACCUGUAAUACUGAUAUUGAUAGUUAGUAGGCAUGAACAACUCUUAAAUGACUCACUGAUUUCAACCUCUUGAAAGCCUUAGUAAUACAGUUACCUACAAAAAAAUUAAUUUUUCACAGCAUUAUACAAGUUCCAAAAAUAUAGUUGUAAUUCUUAUGUUAUCGUGAAUGUACUUCUAAAAAAGGUAGCCAAUAGUGGGAUUAAUAUAUUAUAAAACAGCAAAAUAAGAUAACAAAUUUUAUGUUAAUUUUUAAAAUGUUUUCUGUUCUAUAUGAAAAUGCGACUCUUCAAUGAAUAUCAGGAAUUUAAAUAACUUUCUAAACUAACGUACUUUGAAAUUGCUUGCCUCACAACUCUUAAGAUUGAAUUUCUUGAUUCUUUUUUUUGGGGGAAGGGUUCUAGUUUGGUUUGUGGCAAUAGGAUAAAGAUGAAAAUAUUUAUUUACUGAUGUUUCGUAUACACCAGUCUAUUUUUUAGCAUCUACUUUCAAACAUUUUCAGUGUAUUUUAGUUUAUAGAAUCAGACUCUUUUGGAAUUUAAACUAAUAUUUCAUUAAUGUUUGUUGAUCCUAAGACAAAUGAAAAGUACCAAAUAGAAGUAGAUUUGGACAAGUACUAAACAAAGUUUCAAAGUGAUUGAUACUUCAAACUUACAAAAUAUAAAAAUACUGUGAACAAAAUAUUAAGUAUAUUUUCAUAACAUUUUUUUUUGUUUUUUAAACUAUAAACAGUUUAUCAUUAUUCUUGGAUAGUUUUUAUGGAUACAACAUGGAAAGUGGACACCGUGAUAGUAAGUGCAUCAUGAGUUGAGCCUAUUUGAUACAUGGUAAUGCUAUGUCCUGUUCCAUUGCAGUAACCCAUACAGAAGUCUCUUGAUACUCCUGAUAUGUUGAAGAAGCUGUUUAAGUUAAAUACGAGUUAAAACAUUUAUUGCAAAAUUUUAUGAAAAAUUUGUAUUACAUUCAAUUUCUAUUUCUUGUACUUGUGGCAUCUAAGAAAAUAUAGUUUGUAAAUCUUAUAUGAAAACUAGUACAAUGUAGAUUUUUAGCACUGAUUAAACAAUUUAUAGUGUAAGAUGUAACUAUAAUUAUUCUUGAGUCUUUGCCUCUGUGUGUAAAUGUUUCUAUCAGUUGCAUUCUAUGAAUAUUAGUUUAAUAUUUUUUACUUUUUUAGAUUUAUGUAAAAUAAUUCAUACACUGUAUGUAUUUAUUGAACAAUGUUUUUGAUUCAGUUGGUACUUACUUGUGUCUUGAUGCAAACAUGUUUAUGUAAUAAAUUUUAUUAAUUUCGUUAAACGUUUUCAUGAUAAAAUGAAUAAUUACUCAGAAAAUAAUUUUUUUUUAAAUAUUAAAAGACACAUUAGGAUUUUUGAAAAUUAUACUAAAAUGUGCCAAUUGAGUAAAAAUAUGCUUGUAGAACAUCAGUGUCAGUAUUGUAUUUGUUACCUUUUCAAAACAUUCUUCGCUUUGCUAUGCCAACACUUUACCUUCUAGAAACUUAUUUAUGAAUAAAAACAAAAGUUCUUAAAACUAUUUUGUAUAAGUUUUUAAACUUGUUACCUUAUUUUAACUCUUAAAAAAAGUUUCCAGAAUAAUUUAUCUGACAAAUAUUUUUUUUCAAUUAAUUUUUAAAACUACCAUCUAGUUUUGGUGGAAUGCUAGCCAAAAGACCCCAUAUCUCUAAAAUGAUCCACUUGUCCCAAAAAGUGUAAUCAGGCUGACUAUCAUGCUGUGAAUGGCAAGUAGUUGUGCUGCCAUAUAAAGAAUCUGCAUGUAUACUGUUUAUAUAAACAGUAGCUAACAAAGUGAGCAAUAUCAUUUCCAGUUUUGGCUUAUCUGUUUAAUACACACACUAAUUAUCAAUGGCAAUAAGCUCAUUUUAAAUCAUGAGAAUUACUUUGUUUUUACAUCUCCCCACUUUACUUUCCCAGCAGUUCACCACAUCGGUAAAACUUGUUGAUCAAGAGACAGUAUAAUUCAAUUGUAACGUCGUAAAAUAAACAUUACCAACAGAUAGGGGGAACAUAAUCCUCCAUGUUGUAUAAUCAGUAUCCUAGUGUAACAAGUGUUUAAAAUCUAGCCAAAUAUAGAACAGAAAUGUGAUGUCACCCAAAGCGUUUUUUACAUGAAGAUCAGAUUGCACUGUCUCCUAAAAACAUCUAUUUUUGAUUUUUAAGGUUGUCUUGGCAAUAGACAGAAUAGUAAGAUUUUGAAGUUAAACCAUUUAUAAAGUUUACUAUAUUCAGUAACUGUCAUCUGUGUAUCAAAUUAAAUGAUUUACUGUGAAGUUAAUCCUGCAUUCAUAAAUUCUGAUGGUAUAUUUUAUGACUGUAAACAUGCUGAUAUGUAUGCCUGUUGUAAAAGUUCAAUAAAAAAUAUCAGUCUAUUGUGAAUAACAA